CAGAAAGAAACGGGAACGAUAGUGUGCGCAGGCGUAAUAUAUGUAUACAAGAGAGGGUUAACCUAUUUCAGUUAAUACUCAACAAUGCUCCUCUUAUUCGUAGUCACCGUAUUGGGAUGCAGCAUCGGCGCGAGGAGCAUCCCGGUGCCCGACUCUGGGCCACAUUUGGCAAACGACUGGGGACAACCUGUCCGGCACCGACAUCUGUACGCAACUAGACGCGGUUUACAUCUGCAAAUAAACACAAACGGGAAAAUAACUGGAUCGCACGUGCAAAGUCUUCACAGUUUGGUUGAGAUAUGGCCGGUGGACACCGGCUGUGUUGCCAUCAAAGGUGUUGCAAGCUCUCGGUUUCUCUGUAUGGAGAGGCAUGGAAAAUUAUAUGGAUCGGAUAUCUACACGCAAGAGGAUUGCUCUUUCAUAGAACGAAUUCUGCCAGAUGGCUACAGCAUCUAUAUCUCAGGCAAACAUGGAGCUCUGGUAAAAUUGGGUGGUGGAAAAAACAAUAAAGAUGGGACUUCUGUAUCCCAGUUUCUACCCAUGGUGAACACACUAUCUCAGGAACCUAACAAAAACCAUCAAUCAGGGGAACAGCACUCUCUCAUUGACCCUGAACACGACCUUCGGCUAGGCCUUCAGAUUGACAGCAUGGACCCUUUUGGAAAGAUCUCCCAAAUAGUGAUCCAAAGUCCCAGUUUUAACAAAAGAUGAGCAGUCAACCAUCAUUUGUGGAUGUUCUGAGGAAGCGACCCAGAGAAAGGUCUAGUUUCUAAUGCAGAAACAGAAGACUGUGUGAAAUCAUUCCGGCCAUUAACCAGAGCACGGGGAAAGACUUUCAAGACCUCUGUUAUGGCUAACUUUGCGUAUGGUCAUGGAAUCGUGGAAGACGCAGCGCCACAGAUUACAGACACACAAAGAACUAGCACUCCACAUGUUGAGGGUCAGUAAUAUCAGCCAUAAUGCUAUCAAAAGCAGAUUGGGUUUAUUUAUUUUUUUAAUGUCUCUGUAAUGGCCCUGCUCUUUGUAUAUUGUUUAAAACUGUAUUUACUAUGUCAUUUAAUUAAAUGGAAUGUGACAACAGAGACAUCUUACCUUUAUUUUUUAUAUAUAUAUAUUUUCUUUUUUAUUAAUAUGUCAUUAGUCCAUGCAGUGGUCUUAAGUUUUUACCCUCUCUUUUCCAAGACUACACAAAAUGGUAAUAUUUAUUUUCUUACUGCCCUUGGCUGAAGGUGAUUUAUGGAAUAUUAAUAAAAUGAAGAAUAAAUUAAUAAAUCAAUCAAUAGAUUAUUAGUAAGAGGAUGUUAGUAGAUAAAAGAACAUGACUGUGUGUACAGUUCUCUCUAAAUGGGCAAACUGAUAAUGCCAUCUCUAAUGCAAAUAAUGCUUUUACAAAUAACCAACGUUGACAGGAAUGUUUUUGCAGUGUUGUGGCUCCCUCUACUGGUUUAGAAAUGAAUUGCAUCCUCAGAAGGUCCCGUUAAAUCAUUACAAUGUCCAUUAGAAAAAAAAGUUCCUUUCUGUUUGUAUCGUGUUUUAGGAUUAUAAAACGUCACCUUUAUUUUAACUUAAAAUAGAGACAGUUAUUUUGAAGGUUUUAUUUUCAUUUAUAAUUUAAAAAAGCCAGUACAGAAAGACCUAGAUUAAACUACAAGAAAAUAACAAAAUGUUAUUUUGUUAUUUUUGUUAAGUGUAUUAAUGCAUUUCAUAGUUGCAUUACAAUGCUUUUAGUUUCUAUUUUGUAUGUAUUUGUACUGCAAUUUUCAAUAUUUCUCUUUUCAUCGCAUGUUUCUUUUUACCCGUUCCUCAUUCUUACACAGCCAUCUUUUCCGAGUUUAAAU